AUGUGGUCAAGAAGAAAUACUAAAAGUACUCGUGGUACUGCUUACACCGGGGUGAACAGAUCAUCUGCCACUUCAGCAAAUCAACAACCAAAUUCUGGUGCCUUGGCUGCAGCGCUUACUAUUGGUAAUGCUAUGAAACAACAAAAUUCGUCCGCAGUUAACAAACAACAGCAAUCAAAUAUCCCUCGCUCAAUUUCUUUCCAAUAUAAAUCUACCCCUUCUUCUUCUUCUUCUAAAACUAAAUCCAAGACAACAUACCAUCAACAACCUCAACCACCACAUCAUCAACAACAACAAUCUCAUUCCAAUUCACUUAGUUCUACCGGUAGUCUUUUGAAACGAGGAUCGAGAUCUAGUAUACAAACCAAUCAUCAACAGCAAUUACAUGCACCAAGAACUUUUUCAACAAGUUCUCGUGGUUCAUCCAAUUCUUCAAGACAUAAUAGUCCAUUAACUUCAUCCGAUUCUGUACCUCAUCAACAUCAUACUCAAGUUUAUGAUAUUGACGACAGUUUUAACGAUUCUUAUUUGGAUGAAAUAACUGAAGAAACUACUCAAACUUAUUUAAGAAAUAAAGCAAAUAUGAAGGAUUUACAAUUACCAAAGCAAACAAGAACUCAAACUGCUACUUAUAAAACUCCAUCUAAAACUGUGAAAUCACCAGUGGUGUCACCUGUAUCAGCACAUCUGCAACAUUCAAUCAAUGCUCCAGUUAAAAUGGUCAAGAAAUAUGUUCCUAGUCCCACCGGGAUUAAGAUUAUUGAGGUUCCUGAAACUCAAUUUCAAAAAGAAGUUGCCAGAAGUAAUUCUAUGAGAUCAAGUUCUCUUAUGUCAAGGUCAGGUUCUAUGAGAAAUAUGUCUUUGAACAAAAGAAACAAUAUCCCUAGAUCUUCUUCGUUAUCUGGUGUUUCAAGACAAUUGAACCAAAAAUCACCACAACCUAAAACAAAACCAACUACUCGUUCAGCCAGUACACCAUUGAAGUCAAUGAAUGAAGACGUUGCAUUGGAAGAAUCGUUGGGUCAUUCUGACGAAUUACAUGAACAAGAAUUGAAAUAUCUUGCAUUAGAAAAAGAAAUCGAAGAAGAAAAGAAACUAGCUGCACAAAUUGAAUUGAAGAAGCAAGAAUAUGAAAGAUUGAAAAAAGCAAGAUUAGAAAAUGAACAAAAAUUGAAAGAUUUGGAAGAUGAGGUUGAUCAUAAUAACUCGAUAACUACUGAAUCAACUGUGAUACACCAUCCUGUUUCAGAAGAAUGUCACGGUAUAGUUGAAGAACAAGAAGAAUCCGAAGAAGACGUUCCAAUAACAAGAGUUCCACCUGCUGUUGAUGAAUUAGAAAAGAAGCAUAUUCAAGCAGUUCAAGUAACUGAUGCUCUUGAUGAUGAAGUAAGUUCUAAUUAUAGUGAAGCAGAACAACAAUUACCAAAGAGUGAACAUUCCCCACUGGAUGUUGUUGAAGAUUAUACAACUGAAAAAGUUCCAAUAGUGGAAAGUGCCGAACAAACUGUUGAUAAUGACGUUUCCCCAGAAAGUGCCAACAAUGAUUCAAUAAUUGUUGCGGUCCCAGUACAUGAAGAACAAGAACAUAAACAUGAACCAAUUCCCAAACCAAUUUUAUCAACCUUUGAUGAGGAUACUACUGCCGAGGAUCUCACUCUUCAAGAAGAUGAAGCACCACAAGAACAACAACAUUUGGAUACAUUAAGCCCAGCACCUGAUGGUUAUACCUCUGUUUCUGAUGAUGAAAGAGAUUUAAAUACAUUAGAUCCUGGCCUUGCUUCAGAAAUUGGUGUGAUCAACCAAUACCAUAACUUGAAUUCUUCAGAAUUAUUACAUAAUGAAAGUGUUAGCUUUGAGGAUGCUCAUGUUGAUGAUGAUGGGAUUGAAGAAAUCGAAGAUUCUGAUUCGGAAGACGAAGAACAGGGAAAGAGUAAUUUGGCCAAAGAAUUGAGACCUAAAUUUGAAACCACCCCUGAAAUUAUUGAACCAACUGAGGUUGUUCCAGAAAGUAAGGAAGAAGAAGAAAUAAGCAAACCUGAAAGUGAAGAUACUUUAUUACCACCAAUUGCAUCAAAUGCAUCUAGUUCCAAGUCAUCUGUCUCAUCUGUUGAAUCAGCACCAAAGAGACCAAUUAAGUCAGCCAUGAAGAGUACUUCAUCAUUCUCUACUCCAGCUCAAGGAUCACAACAACCACCUAUUAAUAGUGCACUUGCCAAGAGUAAUGCUGCUCAACAAGCUUAUUUGUCAUUGACUACCGCUGAAAACACCAGAUUGAAUUCCAAAUUGUCUAAUCCUAACAUUACUCCUAAUCCUGAUUUUGCUUUGUCUGGUAAUGGUCCAGCCAAUGGUGCAUAUCCCCAAUUUGCUAGUCCACAAUAUAUUGCCAACAACAACAACAACAACAAUAAUAAUGCACCAAAUAGACGUUUAUCACAACAAACAUUAAGAAAACCACAACAAGGACAAAGAGGGGGACUUCAAGGAUCUCAACGUCCAUUCUCUACUCAACAGCUUCCAACUAGUAUGAGUAGUCGAUCAUUAAGACCAAAUUCAUAUGUUCAACCAAUCCAACCACAUCCAGCUUUACAACCAGGUUAUCAAUCACCAUCCAAGAUGAAAGCCGCUGCUUUAUAUGCUAAAGCGCAAGCAAGACCGGUAUCUCAAUUUAAACCAGUUGCAAAUAGAUCAUCUUCAUACUCAAAAGACGAACAUAUUCAACAUCAAAACCAAAAGUUACAACAACCACACUUACAAGUUCAACCACCACCUGCUAAUGGCACUUUGAGGGAUCAUGAUGUUCCACCGCGUAGUCCUAAUAGAGCUGAACCAAAGAGAACUACUCUAAGAUCAGCAUCGACACCUGUUCCUUCUCAACAUCAACAACAACAACAACAACAACAGCAACAACGAGUUUAUCAAGAGAGUACUACUACUAAUGGAGCUACCAAUGGUUCUACACAAAAUUCUGCUCCAUUUAAAUCAAGACUUAAUGAUUCAGAUGAUGAUCUUACUGGAGGAUUUGGAGCUGGUGUUUCUAGAUCUAAUUUCAAAUCAAGAUUUAAUGAUUCUGAUGAAGAUAUUUCAAGUGUUCCUGUUACUUCAUUAAGAGCUCAACAAGAAGCAGCAUCACCAAAGAAGGAAAAGAAAUUUAAGAAAUUAAGAAAAUUAUUUGGUGGAUCGAAAGAUUAA